GCGCACAACGAGUCCACCCUCUCGGGCUCCUCGCGGGCGUCUCGUACCCUGCACCGACGCUUCAACCUCCCACCCGACGCCGACGGGGAGAGGGUGGAGUCGGCGCUCUCUCGGGACGCCGUGCUCACCGUCACCAUACCGAAGAGGACGGACGUCCGUGUGAUCCCCGUCACGAUGGAGGGAGACUCGGGCUCUGAGUCCGGAAGGAGCGGCACCAAGAGGCACUCGGCCAGUCAUCCUGACCCAGGACCCACGCCCAGGAAGAGAACCCAGGAGGAUUCGGGCGCAGGGCGGGAGAGGAGCUCCAGCAGGGGGAGGGGGGCCUUCGGGGAAGACAGAAGAACCGAAGGCAGGAGGGAUCAGGAGGACCAGGAUGCCCGGCGAUCUAGAGAACGGUCCAGGAGGAGAGGGAGCGAGAUGUACCCCGAGACGAGUUCCUCCAGGGCCGAGAAGGAGCUGAGGAGGAAGAGCUACCCCGACAGCUCCAAGAAAGAGAAGAGGGAAUACACAGUAAACAUACAGCGUUCGGGUAAAGACGAGAGUAAUGGCAAUAAGAGAAGAAACCGAGAUAUACCCGAGGAGGACGAGAAACCUGAAGCGAGAAGUCGCCAGAGGAGCUCAAAGUAUGAGGAAGCGAGAGAAAUAAAUAUACCAAUUCGCGUCGAGUCUUCAGGAGACUCCGAGAGUGUCUUCCCUUACCCUGCGUCUCGAGGAGAGAAAGUUGCUCAAAAUAAUGAAGACACUUCUCAAGAGAGUUCCCCCAAGCACGAACCUUCAAAGCUGUUUGCCGCUUCUAAGAAGCCACAGUCGGAGAGGAAAUCUUUUCUUUCCAAUGACAGAAUUCGUGUUCCGGAACCCUCACGCGUCAACGGAGAUGAAAAAGAAAAUAUCAAACCUUCCACGGACGAUCUGCUAUGGAAGUACUCAAACGCCUAUGAGAGCAAGUCACAACCGGAAGAAAGUCAGGCUGACCAGAGUCCAACGAGAACGACAAAAACGCCCAAAAUCCCGGACUCGGAGCCAAAGAAAUAUUACUUCGGGGCCAAACCCAUGAAUGAAACCCAUGAAGUGCGCGUCGUCCCUCCGGAUGAACCUCGAACUUCUCAGGUCGAGGGGAAAUCCGAUGCGAAGAAGAACGAAGAAGAUGUGAAGACGAAAGAGCGAAAGAGGGUACAAGACGACGAAGACACGAAGGUCAUUAACCGAGAGAACACCGACGAUUAUAAAAGUUUCUUAAAGACCAAGUCACAAGAUGGAGAUUCUCCUUCAUCUGGAUCGAAAUCUCCCUUGAUUGGUCGGGAGGUCAAAGUUGAAAAGAAACAAUCAGACAUGGAAAAGGACAUGUUUAACGACUGCUGGCAGAACUUCAGUAGCACCCUGCAAGAUGUGCUUUCGCGUCUUCAAGAGCUGUCAGCAGAGCUCGGACAUGCACGGGCAUUAGUCACACCUUCAUCACCGCCUACUUCCGCAGAGGUGGCUGACGAAGGGUCGAAGUCGGAGGAGGAGAAGUCCACGGGAGAUCGCUCGCCUGACGCAACCAGCAUAAAGGUGCCCAGUAAGGACUCUUCCCCCGGAGAGAGCGAGCCGCGUACCCCCUUGUCCGUAGACGGCAGAAGACGGGUUGCGGGAGAGGCGGCGGCGGCGGCGGGCGUGGGCGUGGGGUCAGCCACUACGCCACCCACCGUAUAUGCAAGCGAGGGGUCGCCUCCGCGGGCAGGUUUCGGCGGCGCUGGUGCCAAGUGUCACAGAGACUAUCAGACUGCUGUCAGCCAGGCCGAUAAGCGAGCGAAUCAUGCCUACGAGAGAGGUCGGGAAGACGCGCUGCAAAUGCAACAGGUGAGCAGCUCUCGCGCGGCGGAGAACGUGGCCGCGGUGCCAUGUCCGAGCGGCGGUGACGGCGUGUGCGGAGUCGGCGGGGCGCGGGCCAGGGACAACAUCAGGCCCGCCAGUUUCGUCCUCGGAGAUUCGGCGCAGAACGACGCAGUUCACGUACCCAUGAACUUCGUCCAGGAUGGCUACUCCGACGACCGACGAACUCAGAGGAACGGAACAGCGGCCGGGUCCCGUCCUCGGCCCACGAGCCUCGACAUCAACCACGAGAGCGCUCUUUUGCGGGACCUGAGGAAGGUGUCCCCCGUCGACGCACUCAAGGACCACUUCCUAAAACGCAUGACACCGACCAGCGAGUUUUCAGCUGUUGACACGGAUGUACACUACAUUCCGGUCGAGCUCGAGGCAAGCAAGACUGUGGAGACAAGCGGUAGUGCACGUGGAGCCGCAGCAUCGCAAGGUACUCCCGCUCCCGGGAUACCGCUUUGUGAGCGCCGAGGGAAAGGUAUUGAAAAUCUUGUGAUCAGGGAUGAUACCAGCUCUAGUGAAGGUUCUAGUCGCGUGAGUUCGGAAAUAUCAGAUAAAAGUUCAUCAGUAUCUGCCGGCAGUAGCCAGGACCGUGACGAGCAGGCGGGGUCCUGGGCAGCGCCAGGGCACGCGGCAACACACAAGACUGCCACUGGCAACUCGAGUGUGCUGAAUAUCGGCCCUGACCCGUUCCAGCAACACUCUUCCAGUGUGUGUGGUGGGGCUGACUCACGCGCUCAGCCUGAUGGUAUCGGUAGUGGCAGUGCUACGGGCGGGUCUCGGACAAAACCAUGCCCACGCCUACCCUCAGAGUCCGACCCAGACGUCGAUGAGAUCAUCAGUAAGGCAGAACGUGUUAUUGAAGAGACGAGAAGACUCUCUGCUGAUAUCGCAAACAGCCACCCCCCUGAGAAUGAUUUAGGACGAGAGGAAAACAGCAGAUUCAAGCGAGAGGCGGCGAAGGGCACCUCGAAGCCGCGAGGAUUUAACUUGGCGCCGAACAUAGACACCCGGUGCUCGCCCGAUUCGAACUUUAUCGAAGUAGACGAAGAAAAUGAGGACUCCAAGAGUAAAAGUGAGGAAUCAGAGGCGAUAGUAGAAGGCUGCCUCUCUAUACCGCUGCCCAGGGCCACCGCUCGCCCACGCCAGCCCCGCAUCACGCCCCCUCCGGAGGACAACGUUACUCUACCCGACUUGAAUGCAGCUCCUAAGCCCGCUCGCAGGGACUCUCUGGUCAUUGAAGCUGUGGAUGACGUUGAUGACGUAACAGCGUGUGAGGAGGUGCAGCCCACAAUAGUAACGAGUCCAGAAAUACAGAGUAGUGACGUCAUGGUUUGCGCACGAGAGAGCGGCCGAGGUGGCCGCACUGAAGCCCCCCCUUCCCCGAGGGAGGCGCGGCCACGCACCCUCGCACACGAGACCCAGCCCACCCGAGCGCCGCGCCGCCCCUCCAGCCGCGAGAGGAUGGGCGGUGUCUUCUCACGGGGACGCACCGACGAUGCCACGCGCCAACAUCCACCUCCUGCCGCGUCAGGAGCAGCGAGGAGCAAAACCGUUUCGCCGCCUCCACAGACACCUCCGACGCCCACACGUCGGACGAGAGAGCGCUCGUUCACGCCUCAGGAGGAGCAGCCGCCGCCGCCAUAUGUCAGGCAAAAGGCCGAACCGAGUCGUAGGUAUAGUGGCUUCGGACAUGUGCAAAGUGAUAAUGUGCGGAAGAUGCGGGAUAUUUGGGGGUCGAAGCAGGAGAGGCGAGAGCCGUCGCCGCAGCCGCCGCAGCGAGGAAUACGAGUACCUGCCAGUCCGCCUCCCUCAGGAAGGCGGGCCCCAGAUUCUCCGAGGAGAUCGUCUUGCUCGAGGUCGACGCCCGUGCGGGACGCCCCUCUGAAGUCUCCCACUAGAACGAACAACUUCUACAGUUCUACCAUCAGCAGUAGAAACAGAAGCAGCUCGUCGCCCAGACGAGGCAGCGCCUCUUCUACAGACGGCGGCGCGCCUCUCACGCGUGACGCCUCGCGCAACACUUCUGCAGCUGCCAAUUCUAGUCGGGCGCCGCAAGACAAGUAUAACCUGGGCGGAACGCCAGGAGGGAGAGCCUCCCCGGUCCGCACCCCCCGGACGCCCCGCCGGACCGCGACGCCCCCGCCUCCUCCGCCACCUUCGGAGCCUCCGCCGGCGUCGCCUUUCCACCACAAAGUGUUCCGGCGGUUGCGGGACGCGAGCCUUCAGCCCGACAGCGAGACCAUCUGCUUCGCCGAGGAGGAGGACAGAUACAAGUUGGUGAUGGACGUAGAGGAGUACGUCCCCGGCGAGAUCGAAGUCCUGCAAGACGACAAGGCCCUGACGGUGAAGGGCCGCGUCGAGACGAGGCAGGGGAGCAGCACGAGCACCAGGACCUUCUGCAGGAAUUUCCACAUCCCCCGCAACACGCGAGAGGAGGACAUCGACUCGGCGCUCUCUAAGGACGGGAUCCUCACCGUCUAUGUGCCGAAGAAGAAGGAACGUGUCAUCAAGAUCGAGCUGACGGACUAGGGAGGCGUCCGACCGGAGCAUCUGCGGUUCCGCCAGACUUCGGUGGCCUCGAAUCUCUUGUCGAGCUCAUUUCCCGGGCUAUAUUUGACGACAGCGUGAUGGCAGCUUCGAGUCCUGUUCUAGGAGAUGACGUGUUAAUACAUGAGCGUAGUUGCGCCUCCGCGAACCUACCACAGCUACGGGCUAAGGACCAAGAAUUUGCCACGGAAGCCCUGUCGCCAUGCCGUCCGUCCGGCGUCUGUCAAGGGGCACGCCCCGGGCACGUUCGCAUACCGACAUGAUCUCUCGACAAGCGAGGGGCGAGAUUCGCUUCCCUCGUUCAAGUUAUGGGGAAAAUGUUAAUUGCGUCCUCGAAGGCUAACGGAAAACUUUAUUUACUUUAUUUAUGUUCUAAGAUAUAAGAACACUUAAGACGAAAAGUGCAUAUGUACAUGAAAAGUGUGUAUACAUAUUAUAUAGAAUAUAUUUCAUACUGUAGGUUAUAUCACAAUAACCUAAACAAAUACUUUUGAUAAUUAACUUAUAUGAAAUGUGUAUAGAUAAAUGUGUAACUCUAGAAGUAGUAAAGGAGAUAUGGUGAUAUGUUUAAUGUGCUAAGUGUACAUUUUUUGUAUAUGAGACGCUUGAGUUCCAAAUUUCCGAAAUCGAGGGUGAUGUGGAACCGGUGAGAUUGCCUUAGGUGUGAUGUGCAAUAUUCCCAGCCAUAAGUAUUGCAACACAAACAUUAUACGUCGUCCAAGAGGGAUUCUGAGAUAAAAGAAUUUCAACACGAAAAUCUCGUAUGCGGGUUUUAUUUUAUUACGGUAGUAAAACCACCUAAUGAGUAAUUUACGUUGCCAAACUUCUCUCUCGCCUCCAGUGGUGUUGAUGUUUACUUUCACCUCCAUAAAAGAACGAGUAGACAAUGUACAGACCUUUGUUUCACGGGGAUUCGCAUUUUACGAUUAUGUGUACUAUAAGCACGAGAAAUUAAACCAUUUGUAGGGAGUAUUUCUCUCAAGGCCGGUCAUUUGCAGUGCACUUGUUUGCCAGUGCUUGAUUUCGUAGGUAAAAACGGUACGAAUGAUUCAGAACUGUAGAUUUCCUUUUUAAUUUUCAGUGUCAUGUUAUUAGUUACGUGUUAAUGUGCUCUUCUAAGGUCUACGUGCCAUAGUACCAUUGUUCACUCUUGUGUAUUUUUGCUUUCUGCACUUGUCAGAUCGCGGUGUAUAAUUCAUUAAUCAUUUUCAUUGUAUGAUCUGUUUACGAACUGUCGUGUUCUGCGCGAAUAUAAUUUGCGGCUUUGAUACGUAUUUGAUAUUCACUUUCAUUCAGUUGAAUUCAUAAACUCAUAGUUUCACAUACACAUGAUAAUUAUAUAGUACUCAACAAAAGAAAUAAAGAGAUCCAGCUAGUCACAUAGAAGAUAAGAGGACCCAGCUAUUACGACUAAAUCAGAGAAACCUGUUCUUACCCUCACGUUCAGCACUGUGCACACAGGGACCUGCUUCUCCGGCCACCUCGCCUCCCGGUGGCAAAUGUGUUUACGCCAGCCUUAGGUUAACGUUAGAAAAGGUUUUAUCUUCCUUUCUGUUUUAUUUCCCCUUGGUCAAUACAAGCUCCCCAGAUUAAGCAGCUGGCGAUUUUGUGAUAUAUUAACGAUUCACUAGUUUGGUAUGUUAAAGAUGAGAGAGAUUUUGUAUAUAGAGUUGUGUAGAUUCUCGUACAACUGUUUCCUAUUCAGUUAGUCCGCGCGCGCAGAAGAUAUGGGAACGUGUUAUUUACAUACAUAUGCAACAAGACAAAGUAUAGAAUGACGUUAUAACUCGAUGCCUUUUUAUCAUGACACAGCGGAUCAGCUAAUGGAUAUUAGAUUAUGACUAAAGUUUUGUUUUUUAUCAAUUCCCAUCCUACUGAAAUCCGUGAAGCCAUAUGUUCCUGAAUAUGUAUUGAACAGCAAGAUUCUACAUUUGAAACGAUUAUUUACUAUUAUGUUUUGCGAUACUUAAGGUGAUACUCCUAUGGGUAGGUCUUGUAUAUUUUAAUUGCUUGACGAAUAAUAUCAUUGCUCACUAAAUGCCCAUUUGUACUGUGAUGUCAUAACGAAUGUUUGUAUUAAUUUGCUUGCAGAUGAGCCGAUGGGUGUCUUUCAUUGCAGAGUAUUUAAUAAAAAAAAUAAACAGAA